AUGGCAGAGCAGGCUAGUAAAAACAAGGAUUUCAACAUGGUCGUUUCUCUCGUUAAAACACAAAUCAGGGGAGAGCGACGCUUCAAUGCCGACGGAAUUGGCCACUGCAUCCCUGCGCUGACAGCGCUAAUAGACAAAUACGAUUGGAUUCCCCAACGUUCGGCGGCCAUUCCGGCCUCAGAUCCUCCCCUGACCGCCUCUGCAGGGAAGUCAUUAGCAAGGAUGUCCCCUCGUGACCCUCGGAUGGAUGACCGGGCCAAUGGCAUCCAGGCAUCCCCCACUAACUAUGUUCACGAUUCUGUGCACACCACGUACAGCAAGCCUCAGCACCAGGCAUCGAGGCCCCCGCCUAUGGCUGCACCAAUAAGAGAGCAAGUAGAGACUCCACGGCGAGAUGAAGACGAUGGACGUGUUUCCUGCGAAUACUGCGGCCGCGGAUUUGCCCCAGACCGCAUAGAUAAGCACAGACAAGUGUGCAAUAAGCACCCGGACAAGAUUGCCAAGGCUGCAAAGAGGGGUCAACUGGACAUGACAGCCAAGCGCGUUGGCGACCUAAUGGAUGAAAAGGGAAAGCCGAAGGGCAAGCCCCGCAGGUGA